AUGAGUAUUGGAUUUCAGAUGUUGACGAUAGCUUGUCUAACGUUACACCACUACAGCUAUGACAUGACAGAUAUACCGACUUUAAUGCUGUGUUCAGGCACCUACGUGGGCUAUGUUGUUGUACUCUCAGGAGAAAUUGUCGGGGAAGCAGUGUCAGCGGCGGCCGAUGCUUACGUCGACGCGUGGUGGUCAGGGGUCGGGGCUGUUCUGUUCGGUGCCUGUGGUGCUCUCACACUGCAGGGCUGGAGGGACGUUCCUCACUGUAUGAGACGCAGCCACGCGCACGCCACAGCUGUUUGCGCGCUAGCCGCCGCUUCCUUACUUACCCUCGAUUCGUUACUCGCGCUCUGUUCCGCUCAUAAAGACGAUGGGAGUGUCCGCUCCAAGUCUACUAAGCGUUGCAGUCCUUGA